AAAGACACGAAGCGAAACUCUUUCUCUUUCUCUCUCUAGAGCUCUGUGGCUUUGUGUUUUGUUUGGUCUUUCUCGAUUCUUCAUUGGCCUAUCUUUGGGUCUUGAAGCUUAGCUCUGUUUCUAGAUAUAUACCAAUCUCAUUGAUACAGAGUCCUCUGCCUCUUGCUCUGCUCUGUUUUCUGAUUUAACCUCAAUCCAGGGGGUCUUAAUCUUCUGAAAUCUUUUAAGUUGGGUUAGGGAUGACCAAGCAAAAUGUGGUAGUGUCUGACGCUGACGCUGAAAUCCUGAACAUGGCGGUAUCAGUUGCCGUCUCGAACUCUUCUGUUUUCACUGCGGCGGUGGAGAAGCCUCCCAUGGUGCCGGGUGGGUAUAUCUCCAUUUCGAGGAAGAGGUUGAUGAACUUAAAGAACAUUGACAUUAUUAACGGAGGUGAAAGAAUCACCUCUUGGGUGGACUCAAUGAAGGCUUCAUCUCCCACUCAUAUUCAGUCCUCGACUUGCUUGAUGAAGGACCAGAGUUCUUGGAUGCUUAAGCAUCCAUCUGCUUUAGAUAUGUUCGAACAAAUAAUUGAAGCUUCUCAAGGGAAACAAAUAGUCAUGUUCCUUGACUAUGAUGGCACUCUAUCGCCCAUAGUCGAGGAUCCGGAUCGAGCUUAUAUGUCUGACUCUAUGAGGAAGACGGUGAAGAGACUGGCCAGGUGUUUUCCCACUGCAAUAGUUAGCGGGAGAUGCAGGGAUAAGGUCUAUAAAUUUGUACGUUUGGCAGAGCUGUACUAUGCUGGUAGCCAUGGUAUGGACAUUAAAGGUCCGGCAAAAGGUUCCAAAUACAAGAAAGGUGGCCAAGGCGUUCUAUGCCAGCCAGCUAGUGAGUUCCUUCCAAUGAUUGAUGAAGUUUAUAAGCUACUACUUGAGAAGACCAAAUCGACUCCUGGAGCUAAAGUUGAGAACAACAAGUUCUGCCUCUCUGUGCAUUUCCGUUGUGUUGAUGAAAAGAAAUGGAGUGAACUGGCCUUGCAAGUCAGAUCAGUGUUGAAGGAGUAUCCACAGCUUAGACUCUCCCAAGGAAGAAAGGUUUUGGAAAUCCGUCCUACCAUCAAAUGGGACAAAGGCAAGGCUCUUGAAUUUUUGCUGGAAUCACUUGGAUACGCCAACUGCAACGAUGUUUUCCCUGUGUACAUUGGAGAUGACCGAACCGAUGAAGAUGCGUUUAAGGUAUUAAGAGAAAGAGGACAAGGUUUUGGCAUUCUCGUCUCCAAAAUUCCAAAGGAGACCAACGCAAAUUAUUCUUUACAGGAACCAGCUGAGGUUAUGGACUUUCUCCAGCGCUUGGUUGAGUGGAAAAGACAAGCAGUACGGGGCCAAGCUUUAUUGUAGAGGGUAGAGAAGAAGAUAUAAACAUAAUCCCAGGCACCCUUUCAAGAGUGUUUUCAGGGGUGAAGUUAAUUUGGGAAGUUAAUUAGGUGAUGUAAUUUUCCGGUCAAGGUUAAGUAGUAAGUGUAAAAAUGGCAAGAAAAAGGGAGAAAAUUGUAACUUUUUCUUGGCCGAAAUGCCUUGUACAUUUUGUAUUUAGCCUCUGUACAAGGAGACGUAUAUGUACGUAACUCUGCAUGUUUAUAAAUGCACAGUGAUUAUUAUGACCGAAAAGAACCGUCUUUCAUUUGAUUAUAACUUCUCAAUCAGUUAA